GGUUCUUCCUUGCUCUGUUUUUAAUUCCACAUGCUGAUCACCACUUAGCCGAGACGCGACGCAACGCGCCGUCGCACGCGUCGCAUCCCCCAUAAAUGUAGGCCGCAGAAUAUUCCAAAACCCUCCGUCUCCGUCAGCACGAUGUCCCCUAAUAUUCUUACUCCUGCAUUCACUUUCCUCUUAUUAUGCAUUGUUUACGCUCUCCUUUGGAUCUCACUUUGCUUCAACCACACUCUUCCUCCACUAGGCAUUGAUGUUGGAAAUCCAGUUAAAGAUGUUACUCCUAGAACGUUCAAUAUCCUUCAUGAAGGAUCCAAAGGUGUUCUAUCCUGUGAACGUGUUCCUAUAUCUGGUGUAUCGCGUUUGAAGCUUCAACAUUAUGCUAGUGUGUAUAACGUCACAUUAACUCCUUCUGUAUCCAUCCCGAAGAAAUGGCACUCCAGGAUUCAAGUGUGCUUUCACAGGAAUUCUUCACUAGGAUUAUGCCAAUGUGAAAACGAUGAUUGGAGAUCUCUUCAUAACGGGCUAUGGGUUUCCACCAUGUCGCCAUACGAUCAAAAGUUUGUUGAUGUGAAAUUCGGUGGUACAGUUACGGGUUCCGUAACCGUCUCUCUUGAAGAAGUGGAACAAAGAUGGCGUUACGUAUUGCUUGUUGUAGGCGUUGUUUUACUUUUCUUUGCACCUGUUGUCAGCGAAUGGGUCCCGUUCUAUUAUGCCAGUUCUAUGGUUAUCGGAAUCAUUACUGUUGUUCUCAUAAUUCUUUAUCAGGCGAGAAUAUUGCUACCAACUGGUAGACGAAACACCUUUUACCUCACUAUAAUGUGCUCAGUAAUUGGAGCAGGAUCUUUUGUGGUGCAUCACCUUUCAGCAUUCCUCAAUUCUUUCCUAAUAAACUUCGGGAUGAGUCCAGAAAUACAGAAUCUAGUGUGUUAUUUUGUUGGGCUUGGAAUCUUCCUCUUAGGAGCCGCUCUUGGAUAUUGGCUGCUUCGAAAAUUCUUUAUUUCCGAAGACGGUGAAGUUUAUGUUGGUGUAGCUCAAUUUGUCAAAUGGGCCAUGUUCAUUGUUGCAGUCACAUGCAUUUUCUUGAGCUCGAAGGACAACCCUUUGGCAAUGGUGGCGGUGGGGUCUUGUUUGGCACUGUAUCAUAUAACCGCUAAGAUAAAGUGGUGCUACUAUGAGACUCGAUCGUAUUCGGGGAACCAGAAUCUGUGGGCCAGGAGUAAACAUACAACGCCUAAUCACGGGCGUGCUGAAUUUCUUAGCUGUUCGAAAAAGACUAGUCCUUUAAAUGGCCUGAUAAAUUCUUUCAAAUGGUCAAACUCCCCGGUCAAAGGUAAGUUGUCACCGUUGACCAAACCUGGGUCAACUCGUGAUGUAUACUCGACGUAUCACAAGACUCCCAACAGGAAGAAUUUCUCCAAGGAAGAAUGGGAGGAAUUCACGGAAGAAUCAACCAGACAAUCAGUCGCUGAGCUGGCGUCUUCUCCUGAAUUCGCUGAUUGGGUCGUUAAAAAUUCUGGUAGAAUCAAACUUCUUCGCGAAGAUAGUUUAGACGGUCUAGAUGAAAAUGAAUCAAGUUCUUCAAAUGGGUAUGUGACGCAAAAUAGAAACGGGCUAGGGUUUUUCGACUGGUUUUUGAGGUGAAGCGCAUAACUGGUGACACGUAAUAGUAGAUAUCACCGAGUUCACGUGUUUUUUUACGCCAUCCUGAUUACUAGCCAAAUGUUUGAUCUUUACCAAUAGUUAUAUUGGAAUUUUUCGGAAUAGUUGUAUA